AUGGCAACGCUCAUCGCAGCCAUGCAUACCUCGCCAUCUCAAAAUGAUCUCGACCAGGAGCACGAGUCUCCUGGCACUUCCAACUUCAACACCCCCAUCUCUACACCUUCCGGCCACCGCACACCCGCAGCUGGAUACCGCACCGCAACGGCAACCCUCUCCAACGUCUUCGCCUCACUCUGGGAAACUUACAAUCAGCAACAAGAGAGCGGACCGUCGAGACUUCAACCACCUCCGUCCUCGUCGACGCACACACCUCACGAUUCUCCAAGCCCUUCCAUUCCAGGCGGCUGGGGCAACUUGCUAAGUUGGGGUCCCGCCGCUGGUCGUACCAAGACGAGCACGUUGCGCAAGUCGGCCUCUCCAUCACGCGCGUCUCCGGCCAGACAGGGUCGCUCAAGAGCCGCGAUACCUUUCAACAUAUCGGCGCCGCUGGAGGCGGGCAACAACGCGGAAAAGGUCGAGGGCGCAAUGCUGGCAACAGAACGACCGACUAGACUGGAUCAUACAGUCACGAGCUCGAACUUCUCACCCACGAGCUCGCCUCGACGUAGACCGCUGGCUGGCAUCUUUGAGGAUCUGCCGGCAUCAACGUCGACGUCGCCACCGCACACACCCAGCCCCAGAUCGCCUUCCUCCCGUUCGCGCAAUCUUGCUGCGCCGUCACCCACCUUCAAGAACGAGUCUCCCAGCGGAGCGUACGCCACGCUCUCUCGUCUUCAAUCGAAACCUUCCGUCAGCAAACUUCGCUCCGGCUCCGGUUUCCUCUCUCCGUCGUCAAGCUUCUCCACCAACACCGGCAGAGACCAAACCCCGUCACCCGGCGCACAUUCUCGACCAGCUGCCGACUGGACCGAAGCCAUCGCCCGCGCAGAACGCCUCGACACCUACGUCCGCCGCAUCGUCUUCCAAGCCGGACUUGACUACGAGACGCGACCCAUGGUCGUCCUCGCCGCCUGUUGCCUCCCCUCCCCCGCUGAAGUGGACUACGACGCUCUCCUCGAUCGGAUCAUGGACACGCUCGACCUCUUCGUCGAAAACGACUACACCGUCAUCUACUUCAAUGCCGGUGGUUCGCACCGACCGGGGUGGAGUUGGCUCUGGCGUGCAUAUCAGAGACUGGACAGGAGGUUCAGGAAGAAUCUCAAGAAGCUGUACAUUGUCCAUCCGACGUGGUUCACCAAGGGUUUGAUGAGGGUAGUCACCACGGGGUCGUAUCUUGUCUCGCCCAAGUUUUCGAAAAAGGUGGUGCAAUUGGAGACGUUGAGUAGGUUGGCCGAGUUGGUGCCAUUGACGCAGGUGGACAUUCCGCCCGAGGUGUUGCAGUACAACAGCCGGUUCGAGGCGAAAGUCGUCAUUCCUGCAGCUGCAACUGGAUCUGCAGAUGCGGAAGGACAGGAUGGAGGGGAGAAAGUGUUUGGCGUGGAUCUGGUGCAGUUGAUGGGCGAAUUCGGCGAGAGCGGAGGAGUACCCCGUGUAGUGCGCGAUUGCGCCGAAGCCAUCCUCAACGAUAACGACGGGAUCAUUCCCGCAACAGUGGAAGGAAUCUUUCGACGAUCUCCCUCGUCCGCGCUCCUCAAAACUGCCCAAGAAAGCUACGAUCGAGGCCAUCCAGUCAGUCUCUCUCAAUACCGCGACCCGCACAUCCCCGCCGUGCUCCUCAAGAUGUUCCUCCGCUCGCUCCCCCGACCUAUCUUCCCCUCUUCCCUCUACCCCCUCAUCCAGUCGUGUCCACCACCACCGCUCUUUGCUUCCGAUCCCAACGAAACCGCGAGAUCCAACGAGACCAUCGACUAUCUCCGAACCAAGCUCCUCCCCGCCCUCCAACCCGCUUGCUCAGGCAUUCUCUUGAGCUACGUCCUCGAGAUGUUGCACAAGGUGUCCCUGCGGAAGCAGGAGAACAAGAUGGAUGCGGCGAAUCUGGCUACUGUGGUAGCACCGAAUUUGGUCUCGAGUGGGAACGCGAUGAAGGACGUUCUGAUCUGCAGAGUUGAAGGGAUCAACUCCAUGGCAGGAGGCAACUCGGUUCAGAACUCUCCCCGGGCCUCGCCGGGUGGGGGUAGGAAGAUGUCGCUGUCGAACGGAGACGCUGGUGGUAGUGGGGGGACGACGUUGGGUUCCAUACUCCGAUUCUGCAUCGAGAGGUACUACGAGAUCUUUGACGAGGUCAGCUUCGUCGGUCAAGUCAACCGGGUUCAAGAGCUGGUGGACGAGUGGAGCAGAGAAGAGGCGGCGUCGAGUAGGAGUCCUUCGGUGACGAGCGGGUUGGGGUUGACGGGUCACAGGAGGCUCGAGUCGGGCAAUUCGGACUUUUCACACUGGGCCUCCGCCAACGGGGAUGCGGAGAGCGAUAGAAAGUCGGGUACGACCGGCAAGAGUAUCGCCUCGAGGGAUGGGUUCAGAGCACCAACCGGGUUCGGCAGGGGUACGAUCGGUAGGAACUCGUCCGGAUCCUUGAGGUUGACAAAGGGAAGGUUGGGGUCGAACACGAAUCUUCGGUCUGGGUUUACGCCGAUGAACGCUGCGAUUGGAGGAAAGGCUGCAGCAGCCGGGACGACGACGAUGGCGAGUGGAACAGCAGCAGUGGAUACGGACGGAUUGACGUCCCAACUCAGCGGUGUCACUUUGACGGGUGCAAACGCGACGGGCAGGUUCAGCUCCCCCUCAGUAGACCGCGCAGUCUCGGCUUCGACAGCGGUGGACGUGCCGAGAUCGACCAGCCAAGCCGGUUCGGGCCCGUCGUCCGUCUCCUCAUCCCCCCUCCUCAGCCGGACAGGUUGGACCCCCGACCACCCCUCAUCUUCCCACCAACUGGCCUCACCGACAUCUCCCACCCUCCUCAACUCACCUCAAACCAGAAAGAAAUCAACCACGCGUCGCGAGCUGUCGGAAGUCGUCGAGGCCGACGACGACUGA